AUGACAGCCGCCGUCGCGUCCCUUCCGUUCCCCAUUUUUAUUGCCUUUUGCCUCGUUCCUAAGUCUAUAUUAUUCCUGCUCAUUUCCUUCUGUCUCGUUGCUUGGCUGAAGCCGCGUUGGACGGACAGAUAGUCAAACCAUUGACCUAAGAAAUCCCGAGGUCAAAGACUCCCGCAAGCUGUUGCAUGUAUCAGGGAAAAUUUCCAAUUAUUAGUUAUGGGCUUAAAAUUUAUUAUAUACUAAAUGAAAUACAAAUAUCCCACGAAAUGGGGGUCACCCAAAAAAAUAAUAUAUAUAUAUGGAGCAUACUUUUCUUAGUAAUAAAUAUCGUACGGAAUUUAUACUUUAUUUAAUGGUAUUAUCAUUUUUAUUAAUUUUGGUCUUCAGAUAUCUGCGUCACGCGUCGCUUCUCGUCGGACAUCUUGAUGUCAGCACGUGAGGGGGUCUAAUCACUCCUUCUAGAAAAUUAAAUGAGCAAAUAUAGAAUUAACUGCAAAGAAAGCCGCCACAGCACCUCGCGCGUGCCAUUUCAAAGGCUCUAAAUCCCAUAUCUUCGGUUGGUGGCAUACCACGUGUCAUAUCGUCACCGGUUUCAGCACGUUCGGCGCGUGCGGCGGCUUUUUCGAAAGGCCCACAGGCGGAGCGGCGCUCCGCCUACGGCGGCACUGGGCGAGGUGCCACCCACCGCCGCCGGUGGACCACCGAAGAAAGAGGAAACUUGGGAGCACAGAGAUCUCAUGAUAUUUAUUUGGAGACAAUGCGAAGCUCCCUGUUUGAGAUUUUAUAUAUCCUCUAGGGGUCAUCCUCCUCUACGGCAGCGAGGAUUCGGGGUGAUGGUUCUGGGUCUGGCUGUUCUUCACUGAACCAGGAGGAGAGAACUUCCGCCGCCGCCUGCAGAUGGCCGCCGGAGCAAUGCUGUUCCUGGCGGCGGCGGCGGUGGGUCUCCUGGCCGCUGAAGUCGUCGCCGGCAAGGUCCCUCUCCAAUCACUCAUAUUAUCCUCACCGCCUUCCUGCUCCAGCGAGGUCUCCAUCUCUCUACUCGUCUCUCUUGUUGUCUCCAGAUCGGGCACACCUGCUUCCGGAAUGGGAACUGCGACGAGGGCCUGCACUGCGAGACCUGCCUGGUCGACGGCAAUCUACGGCCGCGAUGCACGCGGAUCGAGCCCACCGACCCAUUAUCCAAGGUUCUCAUCGCCCAUCUGAGGGGAUCGACUUUGUUUAUUUUGAUUCUCUUCCUCAGUUUCUGAUGUUCUUGAUCGCAGGGGAGGGGCCUGCCGUUCAAUAGGUACUCCUGGCUGACGACCCACAACUCCUUCGCCCGGCUCGGCCAGAUGUCUGCCACCGGCGCUGUGUUGCUUGCCCCCACCAACCAGCAAGACACCGUCACCUCCCAGCUCAAUGUACACCCCCUGACCCUCUCUCUCUCUCUCUCUCUCUCUCUCAAUCUUCUCUGUUUCUGUCUAUGUGGUUAUGUAUCUGGGUUUUGGGCGGUGCAGAACGGGGUCAGGGGAUUGAUGCUGGACAUGUAUGAUUUCGAAGGCGAUGUCUGGCUGUGCCACUCGUUCGGCGGAAACUGUUACAAUUUCACAGCCUUCGUAAGAUAAGAUAUCAUCUAAGAUCUGGCCCUCUAUGUGAUUUAUUUAGGAUGAAUGACCAGAUAACCAGGUGAUCUUGUGUUUGACCCUCCGGCAGCAACCUGCCGUCAAUGUUCUUCGAGAGGUCGGCGAUUUUCUGCAGACGAAUCCCGCGGCGAUAGUCACCGUCUUCAUCGAAGACUACGUGACCUCCCCCCGGGGCCUAACGAAGGUCUUCGACGCCGCCGGUCUCAGGAAGUUCUGGUUUCCGGUGUCUCGGAUGCCGAAGAACGGACAAGACUGGCCGACGGUCAACGACAUGAUCGGCCGGAACCAGAGGCUGCUGGUCUUCACCUCCAAGUCGGGCAAGGAGGCCUCGGAGGGCAUCGCCUACCAGUGGCGCUACCUCGUGGAAAACCAGUGUACGUGAGAAAACCCUAGCAAUCUGCCUUCGUGAGGAACUCGCCGGAAAGCUAAACGAGCGUUUUACGAGCUUCUGCAGACGGUAAUGGCGGAAUGAAGGGGGGCGGGUGCCCGAGUCGUGCCGAGUCGUCGCCCAUGAACUCGGUGAGCAGGUCGCUCGUCCUGAUGAACCACUUCCCCGACGACCCCAACCUGGUCACCGCCUGCAGGGACAACUCGGCGGCGCUUCUCGCCAUGGUCAACACCUGCCGCAGCCUCUCCGGGAACCGGUGGCCGAACUUCAUAGCCGUCGAUUUCUACAAGGUGCUGCUCUGCCCUUCUCAUCGCGAUGUUCGCUAUUCACAUGUUGACCUCGCCGUUGACUUUGUUGUCAGAGGAGCGACGGAGGAGGAGCGCCGGCGGCGACGGAUGCUGCAAACGGACUGUAA